AUGCCUGUACAGACCCUGUUCCCCGAGAGUUGGCUCUGGAGGAAGUUUGCUCGGCCAAAGAGUGACUCGGGCGUCUCCCACUACCCCAUCUCCAUGAACAUGCCGGAUUCCAUCUCCAUGUGGCAGUUUGUGGUGGUCAGCCUCAAGGCUGGUCAAGGUCUCUGUGUCUCAGACCCCUUUGAGCUGACAGUUAUGAAAUCCUUCUUUGUGGACCUUAAGUUGCCCCACUCUGUGAUCAGGAAUGAGCAGAUGCAGAUCCAAGCCAUGUUGCACAAUUUCAGGAAUCGUCAGGCCAAGGUGAAGCCCCUGAGCCCUCAACUUCCUGCCAAAAUCUCUGGUGGCUACCAAGGCUCCAAGGCGAACAUAUCCCUCACGGCUCUUGUCGUGAUAGCCCUGGAUGAGGGAAAGGAGUUGUGCAGCCAGGAGAUACCGAAUUUGAAGACCAGCAUCGAGCGAGCCCGUGGCUUCCUGGAGAGAAAACUCCCCGACAUUGAGACAACAUUUGCCACAGUCACAGUAUCCUACACACUGGCCCCCGCCAACAGCCCCCGGGCUAACGACCGCCUGGACAGCUUUGCCAGCCAUGGUGGGUGUGGGCACUUCUUAGUCAACCUGUCGUGGAGUGGGGAGGGGAUCUCAAACCCAGCAAGGUGUCACUCAUCACUUAGUGUUUCCUGA